GUAUAUAAGGCACCCUAGUCGCUGAGUCUUGACUGUGUCCAAGUCCAAGGUAAAAACGUGUUGUAACACUUUCUUUCUAAUUUUUUUGUAAAAAGGUAUUUGAAAAAAAAUCAAUAAUAUUAAAGUUUUGAAAUAUUUUUCAUCAAUAGCAUGCCAUUUAGGCCUAUCGUUGAAAUCUAUGUAGCCUACUUAGAUUCUCAGUGCCCGAUUAAAAAUAAUAGCUGGGUCUGUAUACUAUACAUAAUUUAUGGAAUAAGCAUAAUAUUAUUAACUAGAGUAAAUGACCCGAUGUUAUCGCAAUAAUAAUUGUAGCUCCUUUUCGAUAAUUUCUAACUGCUAUUGCAAAAACUCAUCCCAAUUCAUAACUUUUAAAAUGUAAUGUGAUUUACGUUUCUAACAUCAUUAAUUUUUUAAAAGUUUUUAUCUGCUGUAUAUGAUACGCGUACCCUACACCCUUUCACGCCCCUAAGCUACUUUCCCCCCUCUAAACAUGACCUUAAAUUACCCAGUAUAGAUUAUCACAAACAAAUUUUAUCACUUUUGUCACUAAAGAAGUUAAUUGAUGAACAAUUAUUACGCUAGUAAAAAGCUUUAGAUUUACCCCCUUUUUCGUGCCCUCAUUUUGUUAACAAAUACAAUACGUGGAUGACAAUAUAUUUAAAUCCUAUUGUAUUACAUAUGUGAAAAAAGAGAUGUCCUCCGAAAUCUAUUGAAACAAAAACGUUUUAAAUUGUUUCUUAAAUGAUUUUUUAACAUUUUCAAUUCUCCUCAAAGAUUGAGGCAAACUGUUCCAUAAUUUUGGCGCUAUCACCACAAAAGAGCGCACUCCGUAAGACUUUUGUCUGUGUUCAUCCACUCUAGGAACAUUCGGUAAGUACUGUGUUGAAGACCGCAGGCUCUUCAGAAGUACAUGUCUAUAAAAAAGUUUCCAUGAGAUAUUCCGGUGCUGAGCCAUCUAUGCAGCUGUACGCCAAGGACAAAAUUUUGUAGUUAAUGUAGUCCCUUCCUUAGCCAAACUAAAUUAAUUUGCACUUCAUAUGGUUCGUUCGUUUUUGUUUUAGUUAUAAGUUGAUUGGUCAAUGCUAUUUGGCUAUGGAGUUGCGCUGCACAGUUUGACUUAAACCGCAUUUUCUUAUUAUAAUUAUAUUUAAAGGUUAGUUUUUAUUACGUUAUAAUUUUAAUAAAUGUAUAUUUUUUAAAUCAAAAAAGUAAAAACUUUUUAAUGUUAAUAUACACAGCAGAAAUGUGUGUGUCUUUUAUUAACAAUUUAUAAAGCAAUCGAUUGUAUUUAUUAAGUUUACUUUUAAGAAGGGAAAAUACAUGAUCAGUUUUGUCACUCGCGGUUUUUUAAAUUUCAAGAAACCCGAGAGUUUUGGAGAAAUAAGUUAUCCGCUCUAUGACGUCAUUUGCAUAAUUAUUUAGAACAAAUUUAUUUACAAAUUUAUUUCGCAAAGUUAACGCAUUAAAAGAUACGCACUAAAAAGGACUGAUGUUUGGGUUUUCCCGAUAAAUGUGAUUACGGUGUAUUUCUUUGAUCUUGAUUUUUUAUUAUUUCAUAACUUUAUAACACAUAUAAAAUGCUUAAAAUAGUUCUUUAGUUGAUAUUUUAAAUGUAUUUGUAAUUGAUAAUAAUAAUACUUAAACGUUUACUAAAAUAAAAGCGGAUUUAAAAUAUUUUUUGCGCAUUUAAAUUUAUUCGAUUUCCGUAAAAUAAUAGAAAAUACCUAUGAUUGUGUUUAGGAAUCCGCACGUACUUAAAUCAUAUCUCCCUUUAAGCCAGUGGUUCUCAACCUUUCUAGUGCCGCGACCCCUUAAUACUGUUUCUCGUGUCGUGGCAACCCCCAAGCCGCACAAUUAUUUUCGUUGCUACUUCAUAGCUGUAAGGAUACAUGUUUUUAGAUGUUCUUAGGUGACCCCUGGAAAAGGGUCCCGCGACCCCCAAAGGGGUCGCGUCCCACAGGUUGAGAACCGCUGCUUUAAGCGUUAUGUGACUCUAGCUCAUUCUUAUAUAUAUAUGUUAAGAAAGGGGAUAUCUAUCUAUAUUAUUCAUAUCAUCUAUCUAUCUAUCUAUCCAUCCAUCCAUCCAUCCAUCCAUCCAUCCAUCCAUCCAUCCAUCCAUCUAUCUAUCUAUCUAUCUAUCUAUCUAUCUAUCUAUCUAUCUAUCUAUCUAUCUAUCUAUCUAUCUAUCUAUCUAUCUAUCUAUCUAUCUAUCUAUCUAUCUAUCUAUCUAUCUAUCUAUCUAUCUAUCUAUCUAUCUGUCUGUCUGUCUGUCUGUCUGUCUGUCUGUCUGUCUGUCUGUCUGUCUGUCUGUCUAUCUAUCUAUCUAUCUAUCUAUCUAUCUAUCUAUCUAUCUAUCUAUCUAUCUAUCUCUCUCUCUCUCUCUAUCUAUCUAUCUAUCUAUCUGUAUGUCUGUCUGUCUGUCUGUCUGUCUGUCUGCCUGCCUGCCUGCCUGUCUAUCCGUCUAUCCGUCUAUCCGUCUGUCCGUCUGUCCGUCUCUCCGUCUGUCCGUCUAUCUAUCCGUCCGUCCGUCCGUCCAUCCGUCCAUCCGUCCGUCCAUCCGUCCAUCCAUCCAUCCAUCCAUCCAUCUAUCUAUCUAUCUAAUCUAUCUAUCUAUCUAUCUAAUCUGUUGCCAUAUUAAACGAUACAAUAAUAGGAUAAAAGCCACUAAGAAUGUCAAAUAAAGUUGAACAUAAUGAAAAGUCCCACUGGGUCGUUCACUGGGUUGUCCACUGGGUUGUCCACUGGAUGAUCCACUGGGUUGUCCACUGGGUCGUCUACUGGGUCGUUCACUGGAUUGUCCACUGGGUCGUCCACUGGGUUUUCCACUGGGUUGUCCACUGGGUUGUCCACUGGGUUGUCCACUGGGUUGUCCACUGGGUGGUCCACUGGGUUGUCCAUUGGGUUGUCCACUGGAUCGUCCACUGGGUCGUCCACUGGGUUGUCCACUUGGUCGUCCAUUGGAUUUUCCACUGGGUUGUCCACUGGGUUGUCCACUGGGUUGUCCACUGGGUUGUCCGUUGGGUUGUCCACUGGGUCGUCCACUGGGUCGUCCACUGGGUUGUCCACUGGGUUGUCCACUGGGUUGUCCACUGGGUUGUCCACUGGGUUGUCCACUGGGUGGUCCACUGGGUUGUCCAUUGGGUUGUCCACUGGAUCGUCCACUGGGUCGUCCACUGGGUUGUCCACUGGGUUGUCCACUGGGUCGUCCACUGGGUCGUCCACUGGGUUGUCCACUGGGUUGUCCACUGGGUUGUCCACUGGGUUGUCCACUGGGUUGUCCACUGGGUCGUCCACUGGGUUGUCCACUGGGUUGUCCACUUGGUCGUCCACUGGGUUGUCCACUGGGUUGUCCACUUGGUCGUCCACUGGGUUGUCCACUGGGUUGUCCACUGGGUUGUCCUCUUUGCUAGUUUUCUCACAAUUUCGUGACACAAAAUGAUGGCAUAACUCAGAAGAUCAUUGGUUUAAUCCUCAUGCUAGAAAGUGAACACACACAAAAUGAUCUCGAUUUUCAUUGGCUUGGGGCCCGUCAUAUUUAUUGUUGCUUCUACUUAAAUCCGACUCUGAGCCUACUAAAUAAAAAUAAUAAUUUCUAAAAGUAAAAAUGAAUCCCAGCGUCUGUCUCUAAUCGUACACGCAGUGUGGCGUAAUUUGAUUUAAAUUCUUAACCCACUACGUUAUCAUCAGCAUUUAGAUGCAUGGACAAAUAAUUAUUUUAAUUUUAAAAUGCAUCGAAAAUUUCAAAGUAACUAAAGAUAGUAUUGAUUUAUUGCAAUACAUUUAUGUAAAAGAAAUAGUAUUGUUAUUUUUUUAUCAGUAAAAAAAAUCGAUAUUUAAAAAAAUAUAUAUUUAUUUAUAAUAAGAUUUUAUUUAUUAUUUGUGACUGUUAUUAUAAUUUAUUACUUUAAAUUUAUACUAUAUAUGGCAUCCUUCCGUCUUCAUCAAAUAUGGCUCACUGGGCCAAUCCUUGGAUGGCAGCCUCGGCUGCAUUGCUCGCAGGAGAAUUUAGACUCCUGGUUAGAGCUGGCCUACCGCAUUGUUCUUUUUUGUUGUUGUUGCAAGGGCUUCGUUUCAGAUACCGCGCCAUUGAAGGCUACUGUAUUGUGCAUUUUUGUGUAAAAGACUGGAGGAUUUUGAUUAGUCUUUGGGCAGAACCUAGUCUAUUCUAAUAUAAUUUUAUGAUGUGGGCAUCCCUCGUGACCUGUGGAAUGUGACCUGCUUCCCAAUACAGGCAGAAGGUCAUGUAAGGGCUAAAGUAGUAUAGGUUUUACAUUUUUGAGGACUUUCGGAGGAAUGCCGUCAAUCCCUCGAGCCUUCAAAUCAACAAUGCAAUCAAUUGCCUUUUCGAGCUCCUGCAAAAUUGACUCUUCAUCUAAUUCUCCCAUUAUUGACAAGACGGGAAUAUUUUUCAGAGCGGUCUAAUUGACUAUAUUCAUUGUUGCGUAGACCGUAUAGUUCAAUGGACUGUUCCUGGUUGAUAGAUGUUAGUCUGCUGCUCAUCUGGGGAAAUAUGGGACAUUAUAAAAAAAAAAGUGUUUUUUUUUUAAAUAUUGUUCGCGCCUUUGGUCCUCUGGCGAUUUUUAAAAAGAUAUGUCAUUUUAGAAAUUUAAGUUUUAAAAAAAGUAGAUUUUUGAUCCAACAAUAAAUGUGAUUCUGCUAAGAAAAUAGUUAUAGAUGUAGCCAGUGCAAUCAAUAUAUUUAGCGUAGUCAGUGUGAGAGAGUAGGGAUCUCGGGCUCUCCCCUGAGAGUGAGAGAGACAAUUAAUCCAAUGGUAGCGCCUUUUCUAGAAUAUAACUUUUUUCUGUUGGUCGAAUUUUAAAAUGUUUUUGUUUUUUUAAUCUCUCGUUUGAUUAUGACCAAAAAAAAAAAAAAAAAAAAAAAAAAAAAAAAAAAAACAACAACAAAAAAAAACACGCUUUUCAGAGUUGUUAUAUCUGGAGAGACCAAAAAAAUAACAAACAAAAAAACGAACGCCAUUUAAGAUAACGCUAAGUAACAUUAUUUAGCGAAAUCCAACCAAUGGGUGUGCAAUGAUCCUCUUGUCCCUUCAUUGUGCGUGGCGCCGAUCACAAGGAAUGGCUUAGUUCGAUUAUGAAAACAAGGCGCUCUAUUUGGAAGGUUGCCAUCGCCUGGUCAGUCAUCGGACUCAUCGUCUAAUGCAGGCUUGCACAACUCAAAAUGUAAGGCGGGCCGUAAUACUUUAUGAAAAAACUUGUGUGGGCCAAAAUACUUUAUGAAAAGCUUGCGCGGGCCGGAAGAUGAUAGGACAGGGUGGGGGGGGGGGGGUUAGGCUGUUUAAGAAAAUAAUAAUAAUAACUGUUUAAGAAAAUAAUAAUAAUAAAGAAUGUUUCGUUACUUCGCGGGCCGCCAAGUGGGUGCUGGCGGGCCACAUGCGGCCCGCAUAUUGUGCAGGCCUGGUCUAAUGGAGAGUAAAACAAGCCCUGCCUUUUGAUGCGAAAAUCACGCCGAGACCAACGAUGCAGUCACGAUGCGCAUCUUGUAUCCGGACCGUGCAAGGGGUGCACAAUGACGGGAAACCUUUCAAUAAUUUUAAUUCUUUUAUGCAAUGAUGUAAACAAAAGCAAACUAUUAAUGAAUUGUUUGUAACAAUUUAUUGAAGUCUAUUUAUAGUCUAACAUAAAAAUAAAAAAUAAAAAGUAAAAACACAAAUACCAUUUGCUAACAACUAAAAUAUAAAAAAGAGUUGUUUAGCCUACUCCCAAUCGCAUCUAGGUCAAAGAAACCUUUAUUUCCACCCUCUUUAUCUUUUUUAUACGCUAGAUUAAAUUUGGAAAGAUAAAAAACGAAAUUAAUUUGUUGUGCCAAAAUACGUCUGCUCUGAAUUUUAAGUUAUCAAACAUUUUCAGGGAGAGUUUGGGCCUCCUCACCCCCCCCCCACCCCAGGGGCCAACAUUUUUUUUGGCUUGGCUGCAUUUUGUUCAGAUGUCUGCUCCCCAUCCCCAUCAAAGUGAGUGUCCCGGCACCAAGUUUCCAAUUGAAUAUCUCCAAGUCUUUUAACUACAAAAAUAAACCAAAUAUUGUAUAAUUGUUUCCCUACCAGAAAUUUGUUUGAGAGAAAUGCUGUCUCGUAAACGUAGUUCUAACAGAAGUUUGAUCAAAAUAAAGUGGGGGGAAAAAUAUAUAUAUAUAAUUAAAAAGCUUUCAUUUUUCACAUUUCUAACACCUCUUUGAAAACAUUUUUCUUAAAAACAAAAUCUGUUUGAACAAAUUUCUUUUGAACAAAUUUCCGUAUAAAAGUAGGCCUAAUAGUUCAAUAACAGUUAUCGGCCAAUAUCAAUCUUGGGCUUGCGUUUGAUUUGAUAAGGCAUAAAUAAUAAUGAGAGGGAAGUUGACAUUCAGUUUGAAAUGGUUAAUACUGUUAAUACCGGUAGCUCUGAUUCUUUCAACUUUUAAAAUAAUUUUUUCCCAAACAUUAAUGCAUUGUUGAUUCAAGUCUUAGAGAUCUCAGCUAGCUCAACUGCAAAUUUACUAUGAUGUAAAUUUAAUGAUUUUUUUAUUAAUUUUUUUUUUUUUGAGUUACCAUUAUAAUUCUUAGUAUCUAAAUAAACUGAGAAACGAAGUUACCUGGAAAACAUAAAUAAAUAAAGAUGGUGGGGGUGUGGAAGGGAGGAAUUACAUUUAUACUUUUAAUUACUGUAGUUAUGGAAAUUUUUUAUAAAUAAAACCCACUUCAUGUACAACUUUGCAACAUUUUUAACAGGUCUAAAUCACUAUUGCUAUAACUUAAUGAUUGAAGAAGAAGGGAGACAAUUACCCAUUUUAUGAUAAGAAAAUUUGAUUGAUUUAAUUGAUAUUAAUGAGCUUUUAACACUAAUUUAUGUGUGCUAUUAAGUAAGUAUAAUCUUUGCAAUGAUUUGAACUCAGGUCAUCUUCCUCUUGUGAAUAUUCUUCUUUUUUUUUCACCCAGUUAUAAAAUGGAGUUUGGAAGUAAAUUUGUUUACCUGGGAAAUGAUAACGACGAUGAGGAAGAGAUACAAGUGACAGAAAAUGAUGUUGUUGUUUCUGAGAAUGAUUUGGAGGGAGAUGAUGGCCAGGUAGUACAGAUUGAAAAUAGUUUAAAUAAUUUUUUUUUUUUUUACCUAUUAUAGUUAAAGAGUCCAAUUAGGCCUCUUACAAAAAUUAUAAUUAUAUCAACCAAAUCUAAUUCUGAUCCAAAAAUAGGAAUCCUUUCAUAGAAUUGGAAAGUAUCAAUAUAAGCCUAUAUAUAAUUCGCCAGGAAAGGUCAAACACCAACACGGUUCAAGCCCACGCAGGCUAUUUAUAGAUACGCCAGCGUGUGGUUCAAUAAUGAGUUCACUAGCGCAAAAUAUAAUUCCCGAUAACUACUCUAUAUGAUGUAUAUUUUUUUAAAUAACGCAAUUGCGUUUGGUGCGUAAUAUUUUCUUUUCGGAAAUGAAAUCGCCUCAAUUUAAGUAUUGUGUAAAAAUAUUCGGUUUAAAAGUUAUGGUUGGGAUAUGAGAAUAUUAACAUAGUUUGGACAACUGUGUCUUUCACGAAGUCUUCACUCCUCUAUGAGCAAUUCUGUGACGUAUGCUACGCCGCGGGUCGUCUAGUCUUGUUAAUUAUAAGGAUGCGGCUAUUCGGACCCGGGUCCGAGACGUUAGAGUUGGGUUUAUUAAAAAAAUAUGUUAAAAUUAUCGUAAGUGUUUGUAAGACAAACUUUGGUAUCAAAUGAAAGAUAAUUGAAUGUACUAUAUGUUUGUAAACUUACUUAUUAAGUUUAACUAAAAUAAAAUACCACAAAUGACAUCCAAAUAGCAUUUAGUCAAAAUGGAACCGGAAACGCAUCGCCGCUAUUCGGACUCGGGUCCCUUUAGACUCAAUGCUAUUCGGAUGUCAUUUGUGGUAGUUUAUUUUAGUCAAACUGAAGAAUUAAGUUUACAAACAUAUAGUCCAUUCAAUUAUCUUUCAUUUGAUACCAAAGUUCGUCUUACAAUCUAACCAUAUUUUAAUCCCAAUCUCUCUUCUCGGACCCGGGACCGAAUAGCCACUUCGUAAUUAUUAUAAUACGGGAAAGACAGCAAUCAACCUAAAAGGAAAUGAGGAACACAAGGUUAAAAAUAACUUGAAGAAAAGACAACUCUUAAAGUUCAACAAAAAGCCCUCUUUGGCAAACAAAUUAAACAAACAAUAAUGAAAGGAAAGUGAGCUCAUUUUUUACGCUUGAAGUUGAAGUCCAGGAGGAAACUGACAACCCAAAGAAGUAUGUUUCAUUUUGUUCAAACAGUGAUUUUACUUUUGUUGAAAGAGUGAGUUUAAUUAAAUUUUCAUUUGUCACUCUCACACACGAUAUUAGAGAAAUAAAUUUAACGAAGUGGUUAUGCGCAGCAGACUGCGUCUUUUACUUUUGCAACAAAAUCUAAUAUUAUUUAUUAGAUAUAGAAUUAGAAAGGAUGUCUAAGUCUAAGUAAGCUAGUCUAUAUAUUGGAGUGGUAAAUAGUCAUGUUGGUAAGUCGUGGCAUCUCGAAUGAUUAUCAGCCAAAAGUUUAAAAAAAUUUUAUGAGCUACAUGAAUUUGUAACUAUUUAUGAUUAUGAAGGCGACGGAAGGAAACUAAAAUAUUUUAUAUCCAGGGUCGUUUGAGUGUUUUAGGGCACGAAAGGAAGCAUUUAUUGUUUUAUUUUAUUUAAAAAUUCUAAUAUAAAUUACUGUAUUUUUUUAUAAAGCCUCAUUUAAUUUUUAGACCUGUUUUCUGGAUAUUUUGGAUACUGCUGGUCAAGAAGAAUAUUCACAACUAAGGGAUGUGUACGUACGCACUGGGGAUGGACUCGUCAUCAUAUACAGCAUCACUGAUGUAUCAAGUUUUACAGAGUCUGAAUUCAUUUUCAAAUGGGUGACACGAAUAAAAGCACAAGAAGGAACACCAGUAAAUGCUGUGAGUUUUCUUGAAAAUUGGGUAACAAAGUUUGGAGAAAUCUAUUAAAUACAAUUAUUUAUGGCAGAAAAAGUGUGGGACUUCAAAUACUUGCCUUCUAAUCAACUUUUAUAAAUUAAAAAGAUAUCAGCUAAAUUCAGUGGUGCAAUUUAAAAAUCAUUUAUUGUUGUUAUACAUUAGUCUACUUGUGGUUAUUUUAUUAGCUACAUCAUAAAUAGAUGGAGAAUUUUGUUUUUUUUCUUGUGUAUUUUUAAAAAGUUAUUUGAGACAGUGGGAUAACUUCAUUUUAGUCUUGUUUAAAUGGUUGCAGCAGCUUCAUAAAAUUAUAUUAUAUUAUCCUCUGACUUGAUUUUAAAUGAUUUGUAACAUUGCAAAAAUUUUAUAGUUUCUAAUUUGAACAUAAUUCAACAUCUUUUUCUCUCAUAAAUUAAUCUAGAUUUUGGUGGCCAACAAGCAGGAUCUAGUUUCUGAAGCAAAGGUCUCAUCUCAAGAUGGCCGCUCUCUUGCUUCAAAAUUGGGCAUUAAAUUUUUUGAAACUUCAGCCAAAACAGGGGAUGGUGUAAAUGAGGCUAUAGUUAGUCUUAUAAAAGUUAUUCCUCGGACUAGCAAAAACUAUAAGGUUUGCUUCAGCAUAUUUUAGCAAUAAUAAACCAAACAGGUUCAGUAUAUAAAAUAUUGAUCCAAAAGUUAAAAUCCCCAUUUAAAUCAUGGAAUUAUGUCAUAGCAGGUUUUAUUAAAUAUCAAUGUCAUUCUCAAACUAUCCAUGUUUAUAUCAAGCUAUCAAAGUUAUUCUCAAAUGCUCAAUGUUAUUUUCUUUAGACAUCAACAUAUACUAAAACUCUAAAUGUUAUUUUCUUAAACAAUCAAAUGUUAUUCUCAAAGUUAUUGUCUUAAACCAUCAAUUAUUCUCAAACUACCAAUGUUAUGUUCUUAAAGUGUCUAUAUUAUACUCAAAAUAGCAAUUUAUUCUCAAACUCUUAAUGCUGUUUUCUUAAACCAUCAAUGUUUAACACUCAAGUGUACUCAGUGAAUGUCAAACGUCCAGCAAAAAGUUCCUUUCUUGAAUUUAAUAUUAAUAAUUAAUGGAGAUAAUAUUAUUGAAUGGAAGAUAUUUUUUACAUAUGAAAUAAUGCAUUAAUGUUAUUGAAAAAUAAAAUGUUCGAUAAAUAAUUAUCUCUCCAGAUUGUGAUGCUUGGCAGUGGUGCAGUUGGAAAAUCUAGCGUCACAAAUCGUUUUGUCAGCGACGUUUUUGUCAAUGAUUAUGAUCCCACUAUUGAAGAUUCUUAUCGUAAAAUGAUCACUGUGAGUGGCUUACCUCCCAUGAUCACUGCAAGUGGCUUACCUUCCAGGACUGCUGAUAAGGACCAAAGAAAUUUAAAGGCAAAAAAAUCAAAACCAUUUUUUGGUAGUUUGCAUAAUGUAUUUUCUAGAAAUCGUCAAAGUCACCAGGCUCCUGCGCCACCACCACCCCCACCCGCUGCACCUCUCCCACAACAAAAGUUAAAUAAGAAGAAAGAGAGGAAAACAGAUGGAAAUGUAUUGCUGAUACCUCUCAAAAACUUGGAUGAAGAACCUAAGCUGGUCACAGGGGAUCCAAUCAAAUGCACUGGCUGUAAUGUUAUCCUAACUAGCACUGCAAAGCUUGUGGCCAAGGGUAACAAGAAAACAUGGAACUGGUAGGUUGUUGUUUUAAAAUAGUUGUUAUAGUGAUAAUAAAUUCUUUAUUUCAUAAAUGUAUUUUAUUUUAAUGUCAUGAUUAUGUCUCUUUUGAUAAAAUUUUUAUGUACAGCGCUGUGAGCCUAGCCCUAGGCUGGGGUACGGCGCUAUAUAAGACCCCUUAUUAUUAUUAUUAUAAAUAUAGUCGAGUGCUUUAAAUCUACUAACUAAAUUUGUGGAUAAAAAUAGUCUUUGGAAGGAAUUGCUAGCAUCAGAUUUUAAAAAAGCAGACAUGCAAAUGAUAGAAACUAUUUUUAUAAUCUUCCAUUGAAUCACGACUUUAUUUACUGCUACAAACACUGUCAAAAAAAACUUGUUUAGACUAUAUAGCUACAAAUUAGCAUUUAUAAGAAAUCAUUUUCAAAUAAUCUCAAAUUUUAUUUGAAAUUUAGCGAAUUUUGCGGCCAUGCAAACUGCAACCUAGAGCUUUCUGAUGAUGAGCUUCCUCAAGGAGAACUUCUUGACUUUAUGCUCUCCCCUUCUACCAAGCAAAAAGAAGAAACUUGUGAUGGUGCAGGAGUUGCUUCUCCAAAGAAAUGUUCAACGGAUGGGAUCAUUGUAUACUGUAUGGACAUUAGUACAUCCAUGGACUCUAAGUGUCAAGUACCAGAAUCACAAUGUAAGCAGUGUUCAAAUAUUACAUUUGUCAAGUGCCAGAAUCACAAUGUAAUCUAAAGCCAUAUUCAAUUAGUCAGGUGCAUUUAUUUUACUUGAAAAAAACUUUAUAUUGAUCAUUGUGAAAGAUAAGAAAUCGCUUUCUAUAACGAUGGUGAAUCAAGUUUAAAAUAAUACAGUUGUAUUUUACAUAAUCAAAACAUUCUGUAACCGAAAGUUCUCAUUCUAAAGUUUGUUAAUUCAAUACCACCCACCCCCACCCUUUUUUCGAAUCAACCCCCCCUAAAAAUGUCCUAGUGUCCUCCUUUGUCCUGCUAUGUCUUUCUGUGUCCUGCUAUGUCCUCCUAUGUCCUGCUCAAUCUCAUAGACCGACACCCCAGACAUAUUCCCUUGAAAUAUUUCCCCCAAAAAGUCAGCUUCACAAUUAAAUAUGGCAUAAAUUUUGUAUAUGUAAAUUUAAGUUUAAGUUUAUGGUUGAAAACUGUGAUCAUUGUUAAUUGUUUGCCAUACAGAAUAUGUCCUUUGGCCUUUAACCCCAUCAAUAAAACUGUCAACAUUUUAUAUUUUAUCUAUUUUUAGAGAAUAAAUAAGUUGUAAAACCUUUAUUUAAUAUCAGUGGCCUGGAGAGAAGAAAGAACCCAAGGGGCAGAAUCAAUAACCAAUGUUUCCAGACUAGCUUGCAUCAAGAGGGCUAUUGAAAGGUAGUUCUUUCCCUUGCUGCAACUCACUCUUCAAAUGAUAAAGAAAUUUUUAUUUUGUGAAUUAGAAUUAAUUAGAAAUAAAAUGAAAUUUCAAUAGAGGAAUAAGUAAUGUAGAUUUUGGGGUCAUUUAAACAAAUAGGGCAUAGUAAUUUGUCAUUGUUAAAUUGAUAAACUUUUUGUAUAACAAUUUUUUGGGAAAUGAAUUUCUUUCAAACAAAUAUAUAAAAUUGGUUCUCAUUUUAUCAAUUGAUCUUUUAAUAAUACAUUUAAAAAUAAAAGAUUCUUAAAAGCUAAAGUUAUUUUUUUUAAUGUCACUGUAACAUAGCAUGUUAAUAAUUUAAUGUCUCUAUGUAACAUAACAUGUUACUAAUUUAAUGUCUCUAUGUGGCACAACAUGUUACUAAUAUAAUGUGUAUGUUACAUAAAGUGCUACUAAUUUAAUGUCUACGUUACCUAACAUGUUACUAAUAACAUGUUACAAAUUUAAUGUCUCUAUGUGACACAAAAUGUUACCAAUAUAAUGUCUAUGUUACAUAACAUGUUAUUAAUUAAAUGUCUAUGUUACAUAACAUGUUCCUGAUAGCAUGUUACUAAUUUAAUGCCUAUGUUACAUAACACGUUACAGGUUGGCUGAACAACUCAAGCUAGAAGAGCCUGAUAAGCGUGUCAUGCUUUCUGUGUUCAGUUCAGAGUUUUAUGUCAAAGGAGGGGGCAGAACUAAUAACCUACCACAGUUCAGUGGACUUGAGCAAGAAACAUUUGAACAUCUACUUGAAAUGGGCCUGAAUCUCUCCAAUGAUUAUCCUCUUUCCAAAAUUACUGAUUCUCAUGAGUGAGUUCAUUUUAAUGUUCUCAUCUUUUGUGGAAUGCAAUAUUAGUUUUGGGAAAUUUAAUACUAGCUUCUUGGGACUGCAAUAUAAUUUUUGAAGAAUUCAAUACAAGGUUCUUGGGACUACAUAUUAAUUUCUGGGGAAUUCAGUACUGGGGACUACGAUGUUUAAAUCACACUGUAAGUGAACUAUCAAGACUUGUUUAAAAUUAACAUAAAUAUUUUAAAUAUAAGUUUUAUAAUCUUCCAUUUAAACUUGGCAUACAACUUUUCUAAUAUAAGUAUAAGAAAUCAUCAUUUAUUUCUAUGCCAAGCCUGGCUGGGGGGAUCAGUGUUAUGCCAUAGGGAUGAUGCCAAACUAAACACAUUUCAUGUGAUUUAUCUUAAUUUAAAUUGUUUUUUUUUUAAAUAUAAGAAAUGUUUGUACAGCUUAAUAUAGUUUAAUUUGAGGCAAAUAGAUUAGUAUCUGGCCAACACUUUGGGUGAACAUAAAAUGUCCAGGAAAACCACAUGGCACAGCCCCAAUGGGAAACACCACAACCAGAUUGACUACAUCAUGUUGCAAACACGCUUCCGGUCUAGUAUAAACAUUGCCAAGACUCGCAGCUUCCCUGGAGCUGACGUCGGGAGCCACCACGACCUUGUCAUGAUGACCUUUAGACUUCACUUAAAGAGGUUAAACAAAAAAGGAAAUACCAGAAUUAAAUUCGACCUUGAAAAGCUGAAAGAAAUACAUAGGAUUAGCAAGUGAAGCAGAGGAGGCUGCGUACCAUGGAAACACAAGAUAAUUAUUCAGUACAAUCAAAAAGUUAUCUGGAAAGUUCAACAAUCCAGUGAGACCAGUUAAAACUAAAGAUGGGAAAUCAAUACCUGAUGAAGAGGGUCAGAAAAAAAGAUGGAUAGAACAUUUUGAAGAACUCCUCAACCGGCCAGCACCACAACACACACUCAACAUAGAGCCAGCGGAAAAAGAUCUAGAAAUAGAGUGCAGCACACCCACAAAGCAAGAAAUAUGCAGAGCAAUUAAACAACUAAAGAAAGGCAAGGCGGCAGGUCCUGACAGAAUACCGACAGAAGCCUUGACAGCAGAUAUUACGUCUAGCACUGAAAUGCUACACACACUAUUCAAGAAAAUAUGGGAGGAGGAACAGAUACCGGCUGAAUGGAAAGAAGGACACCUCGUUAAGCUCCCGAAGAAAGGAGACCUUAGUUCUUGUUCUAACUAUAGGGGAAUAACCCUGCUGUCGAUCCCAAGCAAAGUAUUCAACAGAAUGCUGCUAAACAGAAUGAGGGAGGCAAUAGACAUCAAUCUUAGGGACCAACAAGCAGGGUUCAGAAAAGACAGAUCCUGCACAGACCAGAUUGCCACACUGAGAAUUAUUGUGGAACAAUCUCUGGAGUGGAACUCGUCACUAUACGUCAACUUCAUUGACUAUGAGAAGGCUUUUGACAGUGUCGACAGACAGACUCUGUGGAAGCUGCUUAGACACUACGGGGUACCACAAAAAUUGACAGACAUAAUUAAGGCUUCUUACGAAGGACUAUCCUGCAGAAUUGUCCACGGCCAACAAACAACGGCGGCUUUUGAGGUACAGACCGGUGUCAGACAGGGGUGUCUGCUCUCGCCUUUCCUAUUCCUGCUGACCAUUGAUUGGAUAAUGAAAAUGUCUACAGAGCAGAAGAGAAAUGGUAUUCAGUGGACACUAUGGAAACAACUUGAUGACCUGGAUUUUGCGGAUGAUCUGGCCCUAGUAUCACACACACAGCAACAGAUGCAAGAGAAAACCAAUUAUGUAGCACAGUACUCUGCUUGCAUCGGCCUGAACAUCCACAGAGGAAAAAGCAAAGUCCUUAAAAUAAAUACAUCAAGCAACACACCUAUAGCACUGGAAGGAACAAACCUUGAGGAGGUGGAUAGCUUUACAUACCUCGGCAGCAUCAUUGACAUACAAGGAGGGACAGACGCCGACAUAAGAGUGAGAGUUGGUAAGGCAAGAGCGGCAUUUAACCAGCUAAAAAAGGUCUGGAGCUGCAGCAAUUUGACCCUCCAGACCAAGGUCAAGGUAUUCAACACCACAGUGAAACCUGUCUUGCUAUAUGGGGCAGAAACAUGGCGAACAACAGCAGCUGGUUCAAAAAAGCUACAGACCUUUAUCAACUCAUGUCUCCGAACGAUUUUACGAAUCCGCUGGCCCACCGUCAUCACCAACGAGGAUCUCUGGCGGCGCACACAACAAGAACCAGUGGAAGAGUUAAUCUGCCAGCGCAGAUGGAGAUGGAUUGGCCACACCCUCAGAAAGCCUGCAUCAAGUAUCACGAGACAAGCCCUGACUUGGAACCCCCAGGGUAAGAGAAAAAGAGGUCGACCCAAAACAACUUGGAGAAGGGAACUGGAGGCAGACAUCAAAAAGAGUGGGCACAACUGGGGACAGUUGGAGAGACUUGCCCAAGACCGGGAUGCCUGGAGAGCCUUUGUUUGUGGCCUAUGCCCCAGACGGGAUGACAGGCGAUGAUGAUGAUGAAAAGCUGAAGGAUCCUAGAGUAGCAGAAGCCUUCCAGGCAAUAAUAGGAGGAAAAUUUGCAGCGCUUAACAUCAUAGAUGCCGACUGUUCAGACAUGGACACAUUGAUUGAUAGCUUCAACACAGCUGUGACGGACACAGCUCACGACAUCCUCGGUAAACAUCGACCAACCCGAAAACCAUGGGUGACAGCUGACAUACUUGAUCUGUGUGAUAAACGGAGGCAGUUAAAGAAAACAAAAAUGGUAAAUACAGAGGGGGGCCAUUAAAUAUAGGACAGUUAAUCAAGCCAUCAAAAAAGGUAUGAAAAGGGCAAAGAAGAACUGGAUUGAAGAGAAAAGCUACGACAUUGAAAACUGCUUGAAGAAAAACAAUAGAAAAAAAGCUUAACAGUUGGCGAAAGAACUAACCACUGCAAAACAAGGACGUAGUUCGACCAUACAGGAUAAAAUUGGUAAAUGUUUAACCGAAGAAAAUGAUAUCAUCAAACGAUGGACUGAAUACUGUUCAGAGCUGUAUAAUGUAAGUAUAAAGAUAGACCCAGAGAUCCUUAAUGUCCCUCCCUAUUCUCCACGCAGAAGUAGAAGCAGCAGUCCAGGCACUCAAAACAGGAAAAUCCGCAGGAGUAGAUAAUAUCCCUGCCAAGUUGGUGAAACAAGGAGGAGAAGCAAUGAUAAAUGCCCUAUUCAAUAUUUGUAACAAAAUAUGGCUUACAGGAGAAUGGCCCAAACCAUGGACCCAAUCGCUCAUCAUCACCCUCCCCAAAAAAGGUAACCUACAGCUAUGCCAAAACUAUCGCACCAUUAGCCUAAUAAGCCAUCCAAGCAAGGUCAUGCUGAAGAUAAUAUUGAACCGACUAAAACCAUAUGCCGACAGAAUCAUUGCUGAAGAACAGGCGGGCUUCAGACAAGGACGGGGCACUACUGAGCAGAUUCUAAACCUCCGAAUACUAUGUGAGAAAUAUGCUCAACACCAACAAAAUCUACCACGUCUUUGUGGACUUCAAGAAAGCAUUUGACAGGGUUUGGCAUGCUGCUUUAUGGGCCACCAUGAGGCACUACAGCAUCAACAUAAACCUAACCAGCAUGAUAUGCAACCUCUAUGAUAAGGCCACCAGUGCAGUCUUCCUCAACAACAACAUCCGAGAAUGGUUCAAGACCACGGUUGGAGUACGACUAGGCUGCCUGCUCUCCCCCACCCUAUUCAACAUCUUCCUAGAGAGAAUUAUGUCAGAUGCUCUGGAACCGCAUGAAGGGACAGUCAUCAUUGGUGGCAGAACAAUCACCAACCUACACUUUGCGGAUGACAGACGUGCUGGCUGGGAACAAAGAAGAGCUAGCCAACAUGGUAAAGCGUCUCGAUAAGACCUCGUCGUCCUACGGCAUGCUAAUCAGUGCCGAAAAGACAAAACUGAUGACAAAUAAUAUUGCAGGCAUCACCACUGAAAUUAAGGUCGGGGAGGAAAGAUUAGAGACUGUCGGCCGCUUCAAAUACCUAGGAGCAAUAGUCUCAGAAGAAGGCUCCAAGCCCGAACUGAUGUCCAGGAUUGCGCAGACUACAACAGCACUAAAAAAGCUCAAGAAGAUAUGGAAUGACAAAAAUAUAGCCCUCAGCACCAAAAUCAGGCUGAUGCGCUCAUUAGUCCUCUCCAUUUUCCUGUAUGCCUGCAAAUCCUGGACAUUAACAGCCGAUCUUGAAAGGAAAAUAAAGGCGAUGGAGAUGAGAUGCUUCAGAAGCAUUUUUGGCACCUGCUAUAGGGACCCUAUCUCCAAUGAUACAGUGAAAGAAAGGGUGUGUCAGGCAAUUGAGGAAUACGAUGACUUACUGGUGACUGUGAAAAAACGCAAAUUACAAUGGUACGGCCACGUAACAAGGAAACAAGGGUUUGCCAAAGAAAUAUUGCAGGGCACCACAAGAGGAGGGAGAAGAAGAGAAAGACAAAGGAAAAGGUGGGAGGAUAACAUCACAGAGUGGACAGGACUAACACUGGGCGAUGCAGUGCGUAGUGCUGAAGACAGAGGAAUGGAGGAGGAUGGUUCACAUGUCAUCUGUGGCGCCCCAACGGUCCAAGGACUAAGGGACAUGAGGAGAGGAUGAAGAGAUUAGUAUCAAUAUCUCCAUUUAUUGACUAGAUUCAAUAUGUUCAUAUUUUGACUAGUAUCAAUAGGUCUAUAUUUUGUCUAGUAUCAACAUGUCCAUAUAUUGACUUGUACCAAUAUGUCCAUAUUUUGACUAGCAUCAAGAUGUCGAUAUUUUGACUAGUAUCAACAUGCCGAUAUUUUGACUAGCAUCUUCAUGUCCAUAUUUUUUCUAGCAUCAAGAUGUCCAUAAUUUGACUGGCAUCAACAUGUCCAUAUAUUUUGACAGGUCUAUAGAUGCUGCUGUGAAAAAACUUUAUACGACUGGAUGCACUGCACUGGGACCAGCUUUAUCAAUAUGCACAGGAUUUCUGAGUAAAAGUCCUGGUUCUGAGAUAAUUGUGUGCACAGAUGGUGAACCAAAUGUAGGAGUUGGUUCACUCGGUCAUAAUCAAGGCAAUACAUUUUACAGAACAGUAAGAUUUCUCUCUUCUUAUUUUAUUGAAUAAAGGUGAAUGUCAAUUAGAAAUAAAAAUUAGAGGGUGAACUAUUUUUAUAUAUAAUUUUCAAUCUGUUUCCAAUACAGUUCAUCAAGUGCAUACAAUGCAAUUCACAUAUACAGGAAAAUAUCCAGUAUUCAACAAUUGAAUUUGAUGGGGUGUAAUACUAAAAUUUCAACAUUUUAACUUUGCAUUUUUAACAUAGUAUUUAAAAAUUGCAUUUUAAGAUAGUAUUUUAAUAAAGCAUUUUAACAUAGUAUUUUAGAUGCUGUUGCUCAAACUAAAACUCAAAAAUAAUAUUUCCUCUACACAAUUUCUAUGAUUAAGAUGUCAAACUUUGCACACAAGAAAUGCUAAGCCAUUUAUACAAAUUAAAUACUGUCUAUACUGUGUCAAUAACACUGUCUGUCAAUAACACUGUCUGACAAUAAAACUGUCUUUAAACAAAACUGUCAACUAAACUCUGAUGGCAAUAAAGGAGCUGCAACUAUGGCUAAGCUGAAUAAGCUGGGGUGGAAUAAUCUUAAACUAUCUGAAAGUACACAACUCAGCAGCUUCCACCCUAAAUGACUUAAUUGCUUUUUGCGAGUUCAAUGGCCGGGAAAAGUGCCAAACACAGAACUUUUGGAACAUGCCAAAAUGUGUAGCAUGUUCUCCUUUCUUAACAAGAUGUGCGUUUGCUGGUUAGGCCAUAUGAAGAUAAUCGAGGAAGGCUGUCUUCGAAAGGAUCUGAUGUAUGGAGAGUUGACAGAAUGGGCAAGACUUUUAGCAUGGCCGCAGCUGCUGUUUAAGGACGUUUACAAAAGGAACAUAAAGGGAGACAACAUAGAAGUCAACAAAUGGGAGAUCAUCACAAUGGAAGCCAACAGAGAAGUCACCAAAUGGGACACAAGGAACAUGAAGGGAGAGAACAGAGAAGUCAACAAAUGGGAGACCAUCACUGAGCACCAUUCCAGCUGAUGAACUGCAUGGCUUGACAGGCAGAAGGUGCGCCAAACAAAGCUCUUGAACAAAAAGAGGACUACAGAAAGCCAAAUUAACCAGAAGUCAAGGCUCUCCUUCGAGGGGUGCAGCUAAGACUGCCAUUCAAGGAUUGGCCUUGCAAAUCAUUUGAUGAAGAUGCAAAGACAGGAGGCCAUAUAAUUUUGGAACCCUCCUUCAUCAUCACAUAUUUGUCACAAAAUUUGACACCCUCAUACUCCAUUGUCACUAAUUCAUGACCCCCUCACGCUCUAGACGAAUGACAUUUUUUUUAAAUGGCCCCUUUUUCAAAUAAAUGAAUUAAUCAAAGUGCCAUGUGCCAAACUCACUCUUCACUCAAAGCCUUCAAAUAAAUUUAAAUAAAUAACCAAGUUAUAACCAACAAUCUAAUUGAUUUUUAUUAUUCCAAUGUUUUCUCAAAAUAGUACAUGCUUAUUAGAAUUUGAAUCUGUACCCUUUCAUAUCGGCCUGAUAUUUCAAUUUUAGAGUAUGCCACCAAAGAUGUUUGUUUUACGAAGACUUUGGUGUAUGCACCAUGUGUAUAAAAUAGAUUUAUCUUUAUCAUUAUGGUUAUCUGCAGGUUGGUGAGUAUGCCAGAUCCAAAGAUAUUACCAUCAAUAUCUUAGCUAUGGAGGGGGCCUCAGCGGGGCUCCAGCAAGUGAGUGCGGCGGCAGAGCUGUCAGGGGGAACAACUAACAAGCUCAACCCAAUGGAGAUUAUCAGGCAACUCCGAAUUAUUGCACAGAAUGAGGUCAUAGCAACAUCAGUUACUGUCAGGCUAUUUCUGCACCCAGACUUCGUCUUUGAUGAACCAGAGUAUGGAAGUGUAAGUAAACUCUAUAUCCUAGGAUAUCUAUGAUAUGAAGAUAUAAGUGAAUUCUAUUUCUAUAUCCAUAUGAUAAACUAGGGUAUGAAGAUGUAAGUAAACUCUAUUUUUAUAUCCAUUUGAUGAACAAGUAUAUAAAGAUAAUGUAAGUACCCUCUAUUUCUAAAUCCAUUUGAUGAACCAGAAUAUGGAAGUGUAAGUAAGGAUAGAAAGCAUUGUCCCACUAUUCCUGCCAGACCCUGGUCAAUGGUCUUCGCCGGUAUGAGAAGAGUGAGUGACGGACCAUCAGACCCUGGUCAAUGGUCUUAGCCGGUAUGAGAAGAGUGAGUGAUGGACCAUCAGACCCUGGUCAAUGGUCUUAGCCGGUAUGAGAAGAGUGAGUGACGGACCAUCAGACCCUGGUCAAUGGUCUUCGCCGGUAUGAGAAGAGUGAGUGACGGACCAUCAGACCCUGGUCAAUGGUCUUAGCCAGUAUGAGAAGAGAGUGAGUGACGGACCAUGGACUAAUUAUGAGAGAUGUUUUUGACAGACAACCUUUGAAAACAGUACUGAUGGUGUUAGUCUUUAUGCUUAACUAGUUGUGUCCCAAUGCUUUAAAAUAGAUUUAAGGGAUAGUUAUAUUUAUACUUUACAUCUACAUAUAAAUAUAAUGCACAACUGCUUGUUUACUUAGUCACCAUGAAUUUUUUAAAAAAUCUCACAGUAUGGAGUACUAAAGAAUGAUUAUACGAUUGGCCGAUUGGCUUGUUAAUAAGAUUAAUUAUAAUUAUCUCAACAUUUGAAAUAACACAAAUUAUCUCAAGCUUUGAAUAUCCCAACUUAUAUAGAUUAUUACAGAGUAUUGAAUAUUCCAACAUAUCUAUGUUCAUUAAUGGCUAUUUGCUCUUAGAAUCUGAGUCAACUGGAGAAAGAAGUGGGGACUGUUAGAAAAAGCACAGAUCUCACAUUCAGAUUUAAGUUAAAAGAUGCAAGCAAAGCUUCAACCCUGAACUCAGUUCCUUUCCAGGUCAGUUUAGCAAAAAAAAAAAAAAUGAAUGGUUAAUGAAAAGAAUGAAUUUUAUUUACAGCCGUGAGUUACGGACACAAGAAAAAUGUUGUUUGUUAAGCUAUUUUUUUAACAAGAUGAAAGAAGUAGGGACUGAUAGAAAAAGUACAGAGCUCACAUUCAGAUUUAAGUUAAAAGAUGCAAGAAAAGCAUCAACCCAGAACUCAGUUCCUUUCCAGGUCAGUUUAGCAAAAAAAAAAAAAAUGAAUGGUUAAUGAAAAGAAUGAAUUUUAUUUACAGCCGUGAGUUACGGACACAAGUAAAAUGUUGUUUGUUAAGCUAUUUUUUUAACAAGAAGAAUUUAAGUUGUAAAAUUGAUACAUUUCAUGAAAAAAAAAUUGAUUAAUAUAUAUAUAUAUAUAUAUAUAAUUAUUAUUAUGCUUCAUGGUUUGAAAAUGGCAUAUGUCAAAAACUAGAGUCAUUAGGAUCAAACUUAUGUCCAUCUGUGGAAUCAGAAGGACAAAUAUAUCUUCUUCUUCUUCUAUAUCUUAAGGGCCCACGAUCAAUUUAUUGAUCAUUUUGUCUCCUAUGCAUGUAGAUGGGAUUUGCAAUGUUUCUGUUACGGGUGGUGAUGAGGAACUCAUGCACUAGGGGUUUGAAGGCUUGAGGAAAUAGACACAAAUGUGUCUAGUGUUGUCGCCUCAACUGUUCCGUUUGAAAGAUUGUUCCAGUCCCUGAUUGUCUUGGGCAGGAAUGAGCAGCUCCUAUACUGGCUUCUUGCUGGUAUGAGCCUGAAUUGCCUGUCAUGGCCUCGUCGCUGUCUAUGAGGGAGAGGGACGAGUUUCUGUUUAAUACUGGAACAGUGGACCAGCCCAUUAUUUAUCUUGUACAUAAUGGAGAGCCUGGAUUGUCGUCGUCGUUUCUCCAAUGGUGACCAGCCUAGUGUUUCUAGCAUGCUGGCAACACUAGAUGUAUUCCUGUAGCGGUUUAGGACAAAGUGUGCUGCUUGUCGCUGGACCGCCUCCAACCUGUCAAUGCUCUUCUGGGUAAAUGGUCCCAGACUGAAGAUGCAUAAUCUAAAAUAUCUCGUAACAAGACUGGUGUAACAUCUGAGGCAUCCAAUUUUGUGCGGGGCAGUGUAAUCAAUACAGAUCUUAUGCCUCAUCUAGACCAGGCCAUCAACCCUUUAUUUAUUUGUUUACCCAAAGUUAACCCCCCCCCCCCGCCCGCAACCAAUUUAAAGGAAAGAAAAUCACCGACUUUAAAUGGUUUAUUGAAUCAAUUAUGAUGGGAAUACAAUUAUAAAUAUUAAAGGACAAACUAAAUUCGAUCAAAUAAAUUAAUAAAAUCCUAGUUUUGGAACAAACAAAUUCCUUUGAAAAAAUGUUCAUUUAAAAUUUUGUAGUGAUGAUGUUUCAUUUUGAUACAAUGACACCACAACGGCAUGAGAAUGACAUCACAAUAACUUCAUGAUAACACCACUGUGCCAAGCCACCAGAAACCACAAUAUGUUGGUUGCAUUUCUAAACUACACUGGCCAGAUGACAGCUGCCAAGCCACCAGUUACCCCUGGCCAGAUGACAGCUACCAAGUCACCAGUAACAACUGGCCAGAUGACAGCUGCCAAACCACCAGUAACCACUGGCCAGAUGACAGCUGCCAAACCACCAGUAACCACUGGCCAGAUGACAGCUGCCAAGUCACCAGUAACCACUGGCCAGAUGACAGCUGCCAAGUCACCAGUAACCACUGGCCAGAUGACAGCUGCCAAGUCACCAGUAACCACAUUAUUUUUUUUGCAUUUCUAAACUACACUGUCCAGAUGACAGCUGCCAAGCCACUAGUAACCACAGUAUGUUGGUUGCAUUUCUAAACUACACUGGCCAGAUGCUGUGUUGGCAGAAGAAGAAAAGUUCUCACCAAAACCACUCUUUAAAUUUAUUUUUUAAAUGUCUGUUGAGCUCUCAUUACCCCCAAGAUUACCAUUUUACCCCAUGAGGGCUAAUUUACCCCAUUUUAAUGACCACUCAUCAAGACAGUAUAAUAUUUUUGCAAUAACAUAUAUCUUUAAAAAUAAAUUGCUAGUAAAAUUAAACAAAUGUUUCUUUUCAAGUUUACAACUAGUACACUAUUGAAGAAUUUGAAGUGAAAUGUCUUCAUGUUCAAAAUGGUGAUGUUUCCUUGCCACCUAAAUAAAAAAAUACAAAUAAUCAAUUUCCUUAUUUCUCUGCACAAUAACAUUUUCCUUGUUCACCUUUUGAACUAGGUUCACAUCAACUACACACGGAAAGAUGGUAUGAAGUGUUUAAGAGUUUUAAGCCAAGCAAAUGAAACAACCAGAGACAGAAAGGCAAUGGAAGAGGUAUGCAAUCUGAUGGGUUUUUUUUUAUGAAACUAAAUAUCAUUCAAACUCAAAGCAAAUCUCAUUCAGACUCAUUCCAUUGCAUAUAAUGAUUAUAAAGAUCAAAGAUUCACUAGGAUUAAACAAACAGCUAAAUACAUUUGAUAAUGUAAAUCAUUUGACCAGACUUGAGAAUUAGAGCACAUUUUUUUAAAAGCCCUUACUCCCAUUGUUUUACAUUUGUUGAUAGAAAGGAACCAAAUUUAUAGAGUGAUCUUGCUCGUGAAGUUUUUACUUUCUUCGUUGCGGUUUAAGAUUCUAAUAUUUUUGCAAGUAGAUCCACCGUAGAGGAUGUACACAGUUUAAAAAUCAUGCUGUAAUAGACUCAGUGAGCCUAAAGCAGGAUGCUGUAAUAGACUCAGUGAGCCUAAAGCAGGAUGCUGUAAUAGACUCAGUGAGCCUAAAGCAGGAUGCUGUAAUAGACUCAGUGAGCCUAAAGCAGGAUGCUGAAAUAGACUCAGUGAGCCUAAAGCAGGAUGCUGAAAUAGACUCAGUGAGCCUAAAGCAGGAUAAUAGACUCAGUGAGCCUAAAGCAGGAUGCUGUAAUAGACUCAGUGAGCCUAAAGCAGGAUGCUGAAAUAGACUCAGUGAGCCUAAAGCAGGAUGCUGAAAUAGACUCAGUGAGCCUAAAGCAGGAUGCUGAAAUAGACUCAGUGAGCCUAAAGCAGGAUGCUGUAGUAGACUCAGUGAGCCUAAAGCAGGAUGCUGUAAUAGACUCAGUGAGCCUAAAGCAGGAUGCUGAAAUAGACUCAGUGAGCCUAAACCAGGAUGCUGUAUUAGACUCAGUGAGGGAUGCUGUAAUAGACUCAGUGAGGGAUGCUGAAAUAGACUCAGUGAGCCUAAAGCUGAAUUCUGAAAUACACUGCAGGAUAACUAAUAUGUCUUCAUUGUCUAAGGUUUACUAAAAAUGACUUAAUGUCUAAUAUGUCUAUAUUGUCUAAGGUUUACUAAAAAUGACUUAAUGUCUAAUAUGUCUAUAUCGUCUAGGGUUUACUACAAAGACUUACUGGUUAUUUGCCAUUGUUAAAUAGAAAAGAAAAAUAGAAAUAUAUUCUGAUAUUAUUGCGGAUCAUGAUAUUAAAUGAGUACUAGUUGUCUCUUUCUUUGUUUGUAUAAUUGAUGGCUGCCUUAUUUUCAAAGUGUUCAUUGUGUUGUGGAUUGUACCAAAGCAGUAACUGGUUACCAUGACAACUAUUGCAUUUGUUAUUAACUUAAUGCUUGAGUCACCUCAUCCUAAAAUUUAAGAAUGUAAAGUUUUUGAAAAAAACUUUAUACAAUUUGAAAUAAUUUUGUUAUGUCUGUUCUAGAACAUCAAUAUCUCGGUGUUGGGUGUUGCCACUAUGAAGACCACAGCCAAACUGGCCCAAGCUGGAGAGAAGAAAAAAGCACAGCACCAUUUGUGAGUUGUUUCAGAAUUGAUUAUGAUAGACAGCAUGACAGGAAAUGAGUUAUAGAAUAGAUCAGCAGUUCUCAACCUGUGAGUCGUGACCCCUUUGGGGGUAGCGAGACCCUUUUCCAGGGGUCGCCUAAGACCAUCUGAAAACACAAACCCUUACAGCUAUGAAGUAGCAACACAAAUAAUUGUGUGGCUGGGGGGCCACCACUGACACGAAUAACUGUAUAAAGGGUUGCGGCAUUAGGAAGGUUGAGAACCACUGAAAUAAAUAUUCAUUUCAUUACCAUGGGUUACUUCAAAACAACAUCAAAUGAUUACCCGGUAUGUAAUUAAACAUAUUCAAAAGAAGAAAACCAAUGAAGAAUGUCUACUGAACAGAUUUUUUUUUUAAAUUGAAAACUGUCUACAGAAGACAGUUUUCAAAAAUUGAAGAAUGUCUACUGAACAGAUUUAAGGCAUUAUUUUAGUUCAUGUUAAUAAUGAGAGACUAGUUGGAAUAGCUUGCAGGUCAUUUGUUUAAGAUCGUUUUUCUUCAGUUUGGUGACAGUUCACCAGUUUGGUGACAAUUCACCAGGUUGGUGACAAUUCACCAGUAUGGUGACAAUUCACCAGUUUGGUGACAAUUCACAAAAAUUCAAUUAGCUUUAAAUAAUUAAAACUUUUUAUGUCUUGCAAAUCAUAAAAUAGUUUUCAAUGGUCUUUAAUUGAUGGGUGACUGAAUGGGUCAAUAACAUUGUUAGGAUGGGAAAUAUAUUACACAGAUCAGCAUCACAUUUUUUAACAACUCUAUAAAUAUGACAACCCACACAACCAUAACGCUCUUUACCAUAUAAUGACAACCCACACAACCACAACCCUCUUUACCAUAUAAUGACAACCCACACAACCAAAACCCUCUUUACCAUAUAAUGACAACCCACACAACCACAACCCUCUUUACCAUAUAAUGACAACCCACACAACCACAACCCUCUUUACCAUAUAAUGACAACCCACACAACCACAAACCUCUUUACCAUAUAAUGACAACCCACACAACCACAACCCUAUUUACCAUAUAACCACUACUUACAAAAAACACUUCCCAAGUAGUGUAUAUACUCGUUCAAAAAAAAAAGUUCAUUCAUAAGCCAUUAGAUAUGGCGGAGGGGGGGGGGGGUUCUUACCACUGCCCACUUAAAAACUACCCACACAAAAACGAGCCCCACUAGCACACAACCACUAUCUACACAACCACUGCCAGCUCAGCCACUAAACACUGGACAACUGCCCACACAACCCUUACCCCAGUGGACUUACCAACAUUACCAAGAGGCAUAUCGCUGUGGUUCUUCCACUGCCAUAACAAACUUAAUAUACAAUUGUUAUCCAACUCUAUCUAGGAAAAAUGUGGAGCGCCUGAUGACCAGAGGGGCAGUAACGAGGAGCCUGGAAGAGGAAAAGUUGGCAUUCCAGUUUGAAACCAGAGCCUAUGACAGUUACCUUGGUGAAGAAUCCGAUGUAAGUACGCUCCUGUAUGAGUUAAGUCAGUGCCUGUGAGGUCAGUUAAAUUCCGUUAAGGGUCAUUUAAGGUCUGUUUGAGAAUAGUCAGGUCCAGUGAGGUAUCAUGAUAUGGCGAUUCACAGUUCUGACUUAGUUGCCAUGAUGUAGUAAUGUUUCGGGUUGUUGAUGCUGUCUUGAUGUUUCAGAGGGACUGUGGUGGUAGUGAGUGGUCAACCAUCAUGCAGCAGCGAGCCAUGGGAGUGGAUGCAUCCAAGUUUUCCUCAAAUUCCAGGAAGAUGAUGGAACAUGUCAAACCUCUGAGUGCAAGACAGAAGCUUGCUUACUACAGUUACAAAGACAAUUUUUAAAUUUCCGACAAGACUAGGAAAAGAAGUUUCUUUUUUAAGGCACGCUGGGAGUACAAUGUCUUAUCUCGGUACGGUGUACAUCGGUACAAUGUUUAUAUGGGUACAGGUUUGUCAAUGUACAGUGUCUUAUCUAGGUACGUCAUAUCUAGGUACAGUGUAUAUAAACAAGUUCUUUUAAAGUACAAUGUCCACCUAUGUACACUUUAUAUAAUGGUACAAGUCUAUUAUGUUGUCAGUAGUGAAGGCGAAUCUAUGUAUACUUUAUAUAAUAUUACAAGUCUAUUGUGUUGUCAAUAGUGAAGGUAAAUCUAUGAACACUUAAUAUAAUAGAGAAGUUUGGUAAGUUGAUGUCAAGGUUGUUGUCCAAUAUUUUAUGGUACACUGAAUAAGGGCCCAAAUUAUUUCAAAUUUGUCAGUGUUACCACUUAAAUUUUAUAACUUGAGACCUUCAUCAAAUGUCAGGGCCUUCUUGCGUUGUCUCCAGUUACGACCCACUGAAUACUUUAAAUGUUACAUCUUUGUUUAUCUUAUGAUUGACUACUUCUACCUUAUCUGGGGUGCAUGAAUCUCUCUCUCACAUAAAGCACAAGGUCCAGUGUAACAAUAUAAUAAUUUAUUGCAUACUUUACAAAACAGGAUGCUGCUAUUCAAUAUAGGGCCUACUAUGGCGCAUGGAACACACAUCAGUCUAACUACCAACCAUGCACUCUCCUAGCACUAUUCUCUCGAAUAACGUGUAGCUCGCUCCUAUCGCUACUCGACUAUUGACCACUAACAAUUCUUCUCUGACCUCUAGCUAACACACAUCCCUUUUAUAAUACUACCCAAACAACUCAGUCUACGCUAACGUUUCUACGUUCCACACCACGGACUAACUUCACGCUCUGACGUCACGAUCAACAACUCACAAAACACUCUCACGAUUCACGACUCCCCCUACCCAACAUUCACAACAAUCUAGUUCACAACAGUCCGAGACCUUUGACCUUGGUCAUGCAUUGUGAUGUCUGUGAUGAAAUGUAUUGAGGCAGAUUUUAAUAUUAAAUCAUUUCUAAACACAACUUAUGAGUUUUUGUUAUCAUGUUUUUUGUGUCGGUUAAAAACGAUAAAUAGUAUUAUAAUCUAACAGUUAAAUGUAGGCUUUAUUAAUAACUUCCAAUCACUAACUAGAUAAUAUUUGUAAAA